AUGUUUGCGCCGAUCGUCGCCGGCGUCGUCUUUGGCACCAAGAGUGUGACCGGCUUGCUCGCCGGCGGCAUCGCCUCGGGCGUGCAGAUGGCCGUGUCGGCCUCCAACACGGGCGGCGCGUGGGACAACGCCAAGAAGUACAUCGGCAAGGGCGGCCUCAACGACCUGAUCGCGCGCGUGGAGCCCGACGUCGUCAACGAGCUCGGCGACGUGAAGCAGAAGAAGUCGCAGAUCUACAAGGCGGCCGUCACGGGCGACACGGUCGGCGACCCGCUCAAGGACACGUCCGGCCCCGCGCUCAACAUCCUGAUGAAGCUGAUGGCCAUCAUUUCGGUCGUCUUUGCGGACGUCUUCCUCGCCGUCAACAAGGGCGACGGCCUCAUCGCGAGCUGGUUGUAG